GAACAUGAUAUAUGCUACUAAAAACUGAAGAGGUGAUAAAAUUGUGGAUAUGCUUUGACGUUUGGACUACAUAACUGUGGUAACAUGGGAAGAAGGACUAUAGUUGGAUAGAAAUCUAUAAUAUGGCCUCAUCUCUGCACCUAUGGGGUCCUGGGACAGAAACAAGAAUAUCCUUUUAGAUAUGGUGAAACAGCCCAGCAACAGCUUCUGUGCUGACUGCGAGGCGCCUGAUCCAGACUGGGCGUCCUACAGGCUGGGUAUCUUUGUAUGCAUGACCUGCUCAGGCACACACAGAGACAUGCCAGACAUCAGUCGCAUCAAGUCAAUACGCCUGGACAACUGGGAAGAUGACAUGGUUGAGUUUAUGAGGGCGCAUGGCAAUUCUGCUGUCAAAGCCAUCUAUGAGAAGUUUGUGCCCGCGUUUUAUUACAGACCGAAGCAACACGACUGCGUGGUUCUUAGAGAGCAGUGGAUUCGAGCAAAAUAUGAACGGCGAGAGUUCACAGGAGAGCAUCUGCACCUUCAAAAAGUCUACAGUUCAGGUCACCACGAGGGGACGUUAUGGAAGAAAGGCAAGGACAAUAAGCACUUCUUGAAGAGGAAAUUCAUCCUGUCUGAACGAGAAUUCACUCUUGUGUACUACAACAAAGAGGAUGUGUCGCGAGGGCCCAAAGCCGUCAUCCCAUUGAGGGACCUGAACGCAGCCUUCCAGACGGAGAAGAUAGGCCACCCGCACGGCCUCCAGAUAUCCUACUUCAAAGAGGACCGCACCAGAAACCUCUUCCUCUACCACGAGAGCGGUCAGGAGAUUGUGAACUGGUUUAAUGCAAUCCGAGGUGCCCGCUUUGCCUACCUGAAAAUGGCCCUUUCUCCAAGCAAUGACAGUCAGCUGUUACCAUUACUAACGAGAAGCAGUCUCAAAGAGGGCUUCAUGGAAAAGACUGGACCAAAGCAAAGGGAACCUUUCAAGAGAAGAUGGUUCAUGCUUCUUCCUGUGGACAGAAGGCUUCUCUACUUUAAAUCACCAAUGGAUGCCCUGGAGUUGGGGGCGGUGUUCAUCGGCACGGAGGCUCACGGCUACGCCGCGAGGGAGUGCGUCCCCAAGAGCACCCUGCGUAACAAGUGGAAGUGCGGCAUCGCCGUGGACACGCCGGACCGGCAGUUUGUGUUCAUGUGCGAGCGAGAGCAGGACCAGAGGGAGUGGAUAGCGGCCUUCAAGCAGGUCAUCUCCCAGCCUAUGACGCCACAGCAUUAUGCCAUGGAAGCAGACAUGAACCGCCGAAAAUCCUGAAGAGGAGGACACAGCAAGAGAGAGAUUUGUCUUUGAAUUAUAUUGGCAGCCGCUUUUUGAAUGGAUAUACAGUAUAAACUUGUGUGUAGUGUUAUGCACAUAACUCUCCAGAGAUUUUCAGUGCACGCAUUAUUGUCUGUCAGAUAUCCGUUUUGUGAUGGAGCUGUACAUAUAUUUUUGAAUGAAUGUUUUGUAUGCUUCUGUUUUCAUAAACGUAUUGUCCUUUCCACAGAAACUGAAGAAUUGAUAUUAA